AUGUACUUUCAUCAUCUUUUCUGGACAUUUCCACCCUGCAUUGAGGCCUUCCGGCAUUGCAAGCCCCUGGUGAGUAUUGAUGGUACCCACUUGUAUGGCAAGUAUGGAGGCACGUUAUUGUUGGCGAUAGUGCAGGAUGGGAACUCGAACAUCCUCCCGAUAGCCUUCGCCCUUGUGGAGGGAGAAAAUGCAGAGUCAUGGUCAUUCUUUUUGUCAAACCUACGAUCGCAUGUGACACUGCAGGAGGGUAUUCUUGUUAUCUCUGACAGGCAUAAUGGCAUUAGGGCUGCACUUGAGGCCCCCGAGAAUGAUUGGCUGCCUCCACAUGCUUUUCGAGUGUUCUGUAUUCGUCAUGUGGCCACGAAUUUUAGCCUUAGCUUCAAAUGUAAAGAUGCAAGGAGGAUGCUGGUGAAUGCUGCCUAUGCAAAAACUGAAGUAGAGUUUUAUUACUGGUUUGACAUCAUGCGGACUGAGAAUCUGGCCAUGUGUGACUGGGCCAACCGGAUGGAGUAUGACAAGUGGACCCAACACGAGGAUAGCGGUAAACGGUUUCGGCACAUGACAAUUAACAUUAGUGAAUGUGUGAAUUCUGUGUUAAAGGAAACUCGCAACCUCCAGGUCACAUCGUUGGUUAAGGCAACUUACAGGAGGCUUGCUGAGCUAUUCGUGGUCCAGGGACAGACGGCAGAGACACAGCUGGGAUCUAGGCAUGAAUUUUGUCAGGCGUUGAUAAAGGCUAUUGAUCGAAACAUAAGAGACUCCAGGUGCUUCACUGUCACAUUAUACGAUAGGCACCAAUCGGAGUACACGGUGGCUAAGACGACACCGACCGGAAACUUCUCACUAGAAGGCCUAUGGCCCCCAUAUGCUGGACCAACAGUCAUUCCUAAUCCUAACAUGAGGCGUGCAAGGGAAGGACAUCCGAAGGUAACCAGAAUCCGCGGUAGCAUGGAUCAGUUUGCUGAGAAUCACCCGAAUCGCUGUGGGCUAUGCCGUUAG